CGGACGGAGGAGAGAGCUCGCUUGCCGCCGCAUUGGGAACCGCAUCGCAUUCGGUGUGCCGCCGGCGGGGGAUCCUGCGUCCUUUUAAGGGGGUCCCAAAGGUCGUGCCUUAACGGCUCCAGCUGAAGCAUCGUCGUCGCCAGCGGUUCUCGCCAUGCUUACUCCCGUCCGACGAUGCAUCGCCUUCCGAUCGGGACGUGGCGACGAGAUCGCUGCUGGCGAGGCCUCACAGCCUCUCUGCGUGUUUGCGUCCUUACGGGCAGUCUGGAGCUUCGGCCGACUUCUCGGUUGAGCGCGCGGCUAUGCGACUCGACGCGUCGUAGUGGUCCGUAGUUUGUUUCGCGCAGUGUGUCUGCGGUCGACCGACGUUAGUAGCUGAUCGCUGCUUGCAGUGACCGCCAUGUAGCCCCGUAGUGAUGUAGCUGCAGGAAGCUGUUGUUUUUCCACGUUUCGAUUUGGUGCACCUUCCCAUAGAAAAAGGGCUGCUCAAGAGACGUUCUCUCCGGCGGCGCGAACACACGCCCUCCGUAUACUCCACCAUAGAAAUCCUCCUUGCUAAUCGAAUUCUGCGAGAGAAGCAUAGUUUCUGCAUGUUAGAGUUGCUGUACCCUCCCCCCGCAAAGCAUUUGACUUCUAUAGCCGCUCUCAGCUGACUCGAAGCAGCAUGUCCUUCCUGACUCCAAGCUUGCGCUGGUGUAUGGAAAGCCAGUGGGUUGGCUCCAUCCUCAAGCAGUGCGAACAACAUGACUGCUGCUGUGGGUGUUGUGCAGCACUGCGGCCCCGCUACAAGCGGUUGGUGGAUAAUAUCUUCCCUGCCAACCCUGAAGAUGGCCUUGUGCGUAACAAUAUGGAGAAGCUUACAUUCUAUGCGCUCUCCUCUCCUGAGAAGUUGGACCGAAUCGGCGAAUACUUGGCGCUACGGGUUUCACGUGACAUCUCGCGCCACCGACUCAAGUAUGUCGAGAUCUCCAUGGAGGCCAUGGACCAGCUGCUUGUUGCCUGCCAUGCCCAGAGUCUCAACUUGUUUGUGGAGAGCUUCCUCAAGAUGGUGCAGCGCCUACUAGAGUGUCAGAACCCAGACCUCCAGCUGCUCGCCACUCAAUCGUUUGUUAGGUUUGCAAACAUAGAAGAGGACACGCCAUCGUAUCAUCGACGCUAUGACUUCUUUGUGUCCAAGUUUUCCUCCCUCUGCCACGACAACAACCCAGAUGCCGAGCUGAGAAAACAGCUGCGUCUAGCAGGACUUCGGGGUCUGCAAGGUGUGGUGCGGAAGACGGUCAGUGAUGAUCUCCAGGUGAACAUCUGGGACGAAACCCACAUGGAGAAGAUUGUGCCUUCGCUGCUGUUCAACAUGCAGGAUGCCAAUGCGCGGGCUUCGGAGACGCCAGAUAGCCCCCAAGUGGAGACACCCGUCACCUUGGCCGAGAACUGCUUCCGAGAAGUCAUGGGGCGAGCCACAUAUGGUCACAUCGCAUCUGUCAUCAAGCCAGUUUUGAAGCACCUGGACAACCACCAGCUCUGGGUACCCAACACCUUCUCUGUGUACACAUUCAAGAUCAUCAUGUACUCCAUACAGGCACAGUACUCGUAUGCGGUGAUCCAAAUCCUGAUGAACCACCUGGAUGAGAUGUAUCGAAUUGAAACUGGUGCCGGCACUGCUGACGAGACUGACCAGGACCAGGGCAAUGCCAUCUCCAAGGGCCCCAAAGUCCGCACAGGCAUCGUCAAGGUGCUCUUCCACAUUGUCACCAUUGCAGCCGGAGAAAGUGUUGGGCCCUCUGUCCUCGAAGUGUUCCAUUCACUGCUGAAUCACCUGCGGCAUUCAAUCACCAUCCGCAGCUCAGAUGGAAGUGACAUUGAGGAUGAGCGCGAGUUCCAGGAAGCGGUGAUUGCUACAUUGGGCGAGUUUGCCAACAACUUGCCCGACUACCAGAAGAUAGAGAUCAUGAUGUUUAUACUGGGCAAGGUGCCCGCAUCUCAGGGUCCCGAUGACGUCCUCGAUGGCCAUGACGGCCACGCAGCACCCAACCUCAAGGACAAUUCAGAAGUCUUGCUACAGCACAUCAUGCUCAAGUCACUCCUCACGGUGGGCCAAAAGUAUCGGCCAGUGCAACUGAGCCAGGCAUUUCCAACAGCAUUCCUGCAGUCCCUGUUGCGCAUGUCACUGGCCAGAGAUCCUUCCGUGCGCCUCUUAGUGCAGAACAUCCUUCACACGCUGCUGGACCGGCACCAGAACCUGCCGCAGCUGAGCAUCAUGCCAAACUGCCAAGACCCAGUCGGUGAGCUCCACGUAGAGAAGUGCUCGCGGCAGGACACAGUGUUCAUGAAGAAGAAUGGCCCGGACUUGCUGAGCCACAUCUACGAGAAUGCUCAGCUGCCCAACAACCUGCCUGGAAACUUCCAGGCCCUCUACACAACAUUGGCUCUGCUAUGCGUUGAGCUUGGCAGUGAAGAUGUGCUCAUCGAGCUGCUGCGGCUGAUGUUUGCCAUACAGGACCUGCCCAGCAGUGGGUUGGUGAGCAUGAGUGGCACCCACAUGGCAUCCUUGUACGCCCUGGUGGCUGCCUUCAUGUUCCUCGCUGGACAACUCACCUCCAUUCCUUCUCUCUGCAGUCACGUCACUGAGGUGAUUAAGGUACGAAGAGAACGUGCACCACAGUUGUUGCCCCAGGGCCCGCCCCUCACGGGGUCACUGGGCCAGGUACCAGAGCAGGCACUUUUCGACCGUACUAUAGUGGCCGAAGCUCUUCGUAGCACAGGACAUGACCCUUCGAAGCUGUUCACCCCGUAUGCCCCACGCCACUCCAGUGUUCCAGGAGGGGAGGCCAAUGUAACACGAAGUGUGAGCGACCUGAACUCUAACAACAUUGAAGUGGCCAGUGUCAACUCUUCUCCUGGCUUCAUUCGAAAGCAUCCUGAGGAGGAGAUAACGGUGGAGGCACUGAAAAAGAUGAUGCAAGAGCCGAUCGACACACAACAGGUGGCCGAGGAGCAGCGGUACAAGGUGCUUGAGCGAUUCCGCAGCACACCCUUCCUCGAGCUGCUGUCGAGUGCACAGCAGCACCACCAGGCCAUUGACCUUCAAGGCAAGCUGAAGGAAAUUCUGGGGAAGCUGCCAGGUCCCAUGACUGGCCAGACUUCUACAGGCAGGCACACUGGCACGACAGCAGGUCAGCAUGCACUAAAUGCCCAUCUGGCUCAGGAGUCCCACACAGCCCCAGUGUACGAGAUCAACUUCCCUGAGCUUUUUGUCUUCUAGUUCUCACACUGAUGGGGGCAUUCUCCCACACAUGGUGCAAUAAAAGAGUCUGUUUUCUUGA